UCCCUUGCCGCCGUCAUGGGUCGCCUGGACCGGCUGCUCGUGGAGAACUUCAAGUCGUGGCGCGGCCGCCAGAUCCUCGGGCCCUUUCGCGGCUUCACCUGCAUCGUCGGCCCCAACGGCUCCGGAAAGUCAAACGUGAUGGAUGCGCUGAGCUUCGUGAUGGGUGAAAGGACAAGCAACCUGCGUGUGAAGAGCCUGCAGGAGCUGAUCCAUGGCGCUCAUGUGGGCCGCCCCUCCGCCACCACGGCCAGCGUACUGGCAGUAUAUGUGGAGGACAAUGGCGAGGAAAAGACGUUCCGAAGGACCAUCCGGGGAGGGUCAUCAGAAUUUCAUUUUAAUGAUAAUCCUAUCAGUCGUUCUGCCUACACAGCUGAGUUGGAAAAAAUUGGCAUCAUUGUCAAAGCUAGGAAUUGCCUCGUUUUUCAGGGCACUGUAGAAUCUAUUUCAAUGAAAAAGCCCAAAGAGAGAACUCAGUUUUUUGAAGAAAUUAGUAAUUCAAAAGAGCUUAUUGAUGAAUAUGAGAAAAAGAAGAAAAAGGUACAGAAAGCUGAAGAGGAUGCCCAAUUUAAUUUUAAUAAGAAAAAAAAUGUGGCUGCUGAACGCAAACAUGCCAAAUUAGAGAAAGAAGAGGCUGACCGCUACCAGGCCCUCCUCGAGGACCUGAAAGAGAAGAAAGUCCAGCUACAGCUUUUCCAGCUUUACCACAAUGAGAAAAGAAUUCAGUUUCUGUCAAGUGAAUUAGAUGAAAUGAACAAGGAGAUGACUCUCACCAAAGAAUCCCUUUCUGAUGAGGAAAACAUAGUGAAGACCAGGAAAAAAGAGCUGGGCAGGUUAACCAGAGAACUGCAGCAGAUGGAGAAGGAGAUGAAAGCUCUUGAAGCUGUGCUGAACCAGAAGAGGCCCCAGUAUAUCAAGGCCAAAGAAAAUACAUCACACCACCUCAAGAAGCUAGAGACUGCCAAGAAGGCCAUCAGGAUCAGCGAGAAGCAGUGCACCAAGCAAGAAGAUGACAUCCAAGCUCUGGAAAAAGAACUGUGGGACUUAGACAGGACAUGGAGGAAUUUUGAAAAGCAGGUCGAAGAAGAGAGGCUGCGUCGUGGGAGGGACAUCGAGUUGGAAGCCAGUCAGCUGGAUCAGUACAAGGAGCUCAAGGAACAAGUGAUCAAGAAAGUGGCAACCAUGACCCAGCAGCUGGAAAAGCUGCAGUGGGAGCAAAGGGCAGAUGAGGAAAGACUGGCAUUUGGGGACAGGAGGCGAGCAGAAGUCCAGGGAAAUUUAAAGCAAGUAAAGGAACAGGUAGAGGACCAUAAUAAGCGCAUCGAGAAGUUGGAGGAGUAUACCAGCACAUGCAUUGAUUGUUUGAAAGAGAAGACACAACAAGAAGAAGCCCUUUUUGAGGAACUUGAGCAGUCUAGGGUCCGAAUGGCUGAAGUAAACAGCGAAUUGAGUCGUAUUGGAGGGGAAUUACAAAAUGCACACAUUGAUCACCAUGAGAGCAAGCGGCAACAAAAGAAAGCUGAAGUUCUGGAGUUCCUGAAAAGGCUUUACCCUGAGUCUGUGUAUGGCAGACUCCUUGAUUUAUGUCAUCCUAUUCAUAAGAAAUACCAGCUUGCUGUGACCAAGCUCUUUGGCAGAUACAUGGUGGCUAUUGUUGUAGUUUCCGAAAAAGUAGCAAGAGAUUGCAUCCGAUUCCUGAAAGAGGAAAGAGCUGAACCUGAGACGUUCCUUGCUCUGGAUUACCUUGAUAUCAAGCCCAUCAAUGAGAGGCUGAGAGAGAUGAAAGGCUCCAAGAUGGUAAUAGACGUCGUGCAGACACAGCUUCCACAGCUAAAGAAAGUCAUUCAGUUUGUGUGUGGCAAUGGGCUUGUGUGUGAGACUGUAGAAGAAGCCCGGCACAUGGCCUUUGAUGGGCCUGAGCGGCUGAAGACGGUGGCUCUUGAUGGAACAUUGUUUUUGAAAUCUGGAGUAAUAUCUGGAGGAUCAAGUGACUUAAAACUCAAAGCGAGGUGCUGGGAUGAAAAGGAAAUAAAUAAGCUCAAGGAGAGACGAGACCAGCUCAUCAGGGAGUUAAAGGACUUAAUGAAAAUACGACGCAAAGAAACAGAUUUGAAACAAAUCCAGGCUUUGGUACAAGGAACUCACACACGACUCAAAUACUCUCAAAAUGAACUGGAGACAAUUAAAAAGAAGCAUCUUGCUCGUUUUAACAAGGAACAGUCCCAACUGCAAAGUGAAUUACUGAACAUUGAAUCUCAGUACGUGAUGCUGAGUGAUGGCAUCGAGAAAAGAAUCCGACAAAUCACAGAUUUUCAAGAAAAGAUAGAUAAGGUGGAAGAUGAAAUUUUCCAUGACUUUUGUGAAGAAAUUGGCGUAGAAAAUAUUCGCGAAUAUGAAAACCAGCAAGUGAAACAGCAGCAGGAAAUUGACAAAAAGAGGCUUGAGUUUGAGAAACUGAAGACUCGGCUCAACAUUCAACUGGAAUAUAGCCAUAAUCAACUGAAGAAGAAAACCAAUAAGGUCACAACCCUGAAAGAAGCCAUUGUCAAAGAUACAGAAGACCUUGAGAGUCUGAAGAAGGUGGAAGAAAACUGCCUGCAAGUUGUGGAUGACCUCAUGGCCAAACGACAGCAGCUAAAGGAUGUGUGUGUUGCUCAGAACGCUAGCAUUGAAAAGGCACAGGGCCAGGUGGAGGAAGCGCGCAAGAAAUUUUUGAUCAGCAACAGGGAGGUGGGGAAGAUGCAGAAGGAGAUGGCAGCUGUCCAGACGGCCCUAGAACAGCAGCGGCUGGAGAAGCACAACAUUCUGCUGAGCUGCAAGGUGCAGGACAUCGAGGUCACUCUUGUGGCCGGCUCCCUGGACGAGACUAUCCAAGUGGCGCUCGGAGAGCAAGCUGAGAGCACACAGAGCACAGUGGCAGCCAUGUAUGAGAGAGAAGGGGCCCUACAGAUAGACUACAGCAGCCUUGGGGAAGAUCUGAAGGAUCUGCAGUCUGAUAAGGAGAUCAAGGCUCAGCUGGGGCUCCUCGAGCAGCAGCUGGCCACACAUGAGGAUAUUCUCCUGAAGACCACUGCCCCCAACCUUCGGGCCCUGCAGAACCUGCAGAAUGUCAGAGACAAGUUCCAGGAGUCCAUCGAUGCUUUUGAGGCCAGCAGGAAGGAGGCACGGGUCUGUAGGCAGGAGUUUGAACAAGUAAAGAAGAAACGAUAUGACCUCUUCAGCCAGUGCUUUGAGCACGUCUCAGUGUCCAUUGAUCAGAUCUACAAAAAGCUGUGCAGGAACAACAGUGCCCAGGCCUUUCUGAGCCCAGAGAACCCGGAAGAGCCUUAUCUGGAAGGGAUCAGCUACAACUGUGUGGCUCCUGGGAAGCGUUUCAUGCCCAUGGACAACUUGUCAGGGGGAGAGAAGUGCGUGGCGGCAUUGGCCCUCCUCUUUGCUGUGCACAGCUUCCGCCCAGCGCCAUUCUUUGUCCUUGAUGAAGUAGACGCAGCCUUGGACAACACAAACAUUGGCAAAGUGUCCAGCUACAUCAGGGAGCAGACCCGAGAGCAGUUUCAGAUGAUCAUCAUUUCCCUCAAGGAGGAGUUCUACUCCAAAGCAGAUGCUCUGGUCGGCAUCUACCCCGAGACAGUGACACCCGGGAACAUCGCAGCAGGCGCCGAGACAACCGCUCGAGGUUCACCUAGGGCUCCCCCACCCCCACCCCCCCCCGGCCUAGGGCUUCUGGAGGCCCCUGACACACACCCAGGGGGACGUUCCAGGUUUGAGUUCAUUCUGAAAGAUGGCAAAAGCCAUCAGGGUCUGUUGGUCUAUUUACAAGAGAUAUGUAGGUGCCUCCUCGGUGAGAGAGGGAGGAAAUCGAGUUCACCUCUGACAUUGUUUGAUCUGUUCAUAGAAAAUAAAUGUUCUUGCAGAAUUUCAUUCUAUAGCUCAUUUUAUAAAAUGUGAAAAAAAAAAAAAGUAAAGUCUGUCUUUGGGCAAGCCCGACGGCUCAGAGGUGCUGGGGAGCACCACCCCCUCCUCUGGGCCUCCA